CUUAUAUCGAUCAAAACACGGCAAUACAAACAAACUUGAUUAACAAAUUAAACGAACAACUAGACCUAUGCUUCAAUCAACUUAACAACAAAGAGCAAACUUCACAACCCAGCAAUACUAACCUUCAACAUAGCAACAUUGCGCCGCAAACUCAUAACUACGAAUUCAAUUUAGCACAAUCUGACAGUCACGAAAAAAAUAAUAACACUCAUAAUACAAACCAACAAGGUAAUUGUCCUUUAACUCCAAUUCUCAAUAACCUUAUAAUUAGCUCCAAUUCACACGGCGCAACCCAAGAAGCUGCACGCACCACCUUUACUACAAAUGGUAUUCUAAAGGUCAAAGUAACUACACGAAGAUACUCAUCUUUCGACUAUAGCUCCAAUGAUCUUUCCCCAGUCUGUGGUUUUAACAACCCACAUGCAACAA